AUGGGGAGCAUCGAUAGAGCCAAUGAUAUUGAUAACACUCUUAUCCAAUCUCUGUUGCAAAAACAGGUUUCAGAGGAAGAAGAAGAAAUAUUUGGGAAGAAGCUAUGGAUUGAAACGAAGAAACUAUGGAUGAUAGUGGGUCCCGCUAUCUUGAGCAGCAUCGCAUCAUUCACCAUGAACGUGGUUAGUCAAGCCUUCGCGGGACACCUAGGUGAAGUUCAACUCGCCUCCAUCACCAUCGCCAACACUGUCAUCGUUGGCUUCAACUUUGGCCUCCUCUUGGGAAUGGCAAGCGCGUUGGAGACACUUUGUGGACAAGCGUUUGGUGCAAAACGACAUAACAUGUUAGGAAUCUAUCUGCAAAGAUCAUGGAUUGUUCUCUUCGUAUGUUGUUUUCUUCUGUUGCCGUUUUAUGUGUUUGCUACUCCAUUUCUGAAAGUCAUAGGACAACCUCAUGAGGUGGCGGAAUCGAGUGGUAUCGUAGCUAUAUGGCUUAUACCAUUGCAUUUCAGUUUUGCGUUUCAGUUUCCUCUUCAGAGGUUUCUACAGUGCCAGCUGAAAACAGGUGUGAUUGCAUGGGUUUCUUUGUUGGGUUUAGUGGUGAAUGUUGUAUUGAGUUGGUUGUUGGUUUAUGUUUGGGAUUUUGGGCUUAUUGGUGCUGCAAUAGCUUUGGAUGUUUCAUGGUGGGUAUUGGUAUUUGGGAUGUUUGGGUACACAGUUUGUGGGGGUUGUCCUUUGACUUGGAAUGGUUUUUCAAUGGAAGCAUUUUGUGGCCUUUGGGAAUUCUUCAAACUGUCAUUAGCUUCAGGGGUGAUGCUUUGUUUAGAGAAUUGGUAUUACAGGAUACUGCUGCUUAUGACAGGUCAGUUGGAAAAUGCAACAGUUGCUGUUGAUGCAUUGUCUGUAUGUAUGACUAUCAAUGGAUGGGAAAUGAUGAUUCCUCUUGCCUUCUUUGCCGGUAUCGGGGUGCGGGUGGCAAACGAACUUGGAGCAGGAAAAGGAAAAUCAGCAAAAUUUGCAAUGCAAGUAUCAGUGAUACAAUCAACAGUGGUUGGAUUAAUCUUGUGUGUUCUAAUAAUGAUAUUUCAAAGACAAUUUGCAUACAUUUUCACCUCGAGUCCUUCUGUUCUUCAAGCUGUUAACGAUAUGUCAAUUCUCUUGGCAGUCACCAUUCUUCUCAAUAGCAUUCAACCUGUUCUAUCAGGUGUAGCUGUUGGUUCAGGAUGGCAAGUAUUUGUGGCAUAUAUAAAUAUUGGAUGUUACUAUUUAAUUGGACUCCCACUUGGAAUUAUCAUGGGAUGGGUUUUCAACACUGGUGUUGAAGGCAUAUGGGGUGGAAUGAUAUUUGGUGGUACAUUAAUCCAAACAUUGAUACUCAUCAUAAUAAUAGUACGGUGUGAUUGGAAAAAAGAGGCAGAGAAGGCUGGCUCACGUGUAAACAAGUGGUCUGUAAUAAGACCUAAUGACCAAUUGCAGAUUAGUGAUUAG